AUGAGUGAUAGGAAAAUAACCAAACCAAAAAGUAAUGUGUGGAAUCAUUUUGACUUGAAAAAACUUGAAGGAAAAGUAGUUUAUACCUGCAAAUUUUGUGCUAGUGAAUAUGUAAAAAAUGCUACAAGGAUGACUAAACACUUGUUGAAGUGCUUAAAAUGUCCCAGUAAUAUUAAGAGAGACUUUAAAAUAGUAGGAUCAGAAAAUGUAUCAUCUCCGUCGAGUACUGCAGCUUCAUCUUUGAAAGAUCAGUGUGAAGAGGAGGAAACUUUAACAAAAGCUGCCAGCAUAUCAGGUAGCUUUGGCGAUACAGAAUAUGAAAGCAUCGCAGCCAACAUACAAAUUAAAAUAAGUGAAGCCAAUGCUUUAGGCGUUAGGCCUGCAGUGCGAUGGUUGGAGCAACAGGAGAAACGAAUCCAUUAUUAA